AUGGCAGAGCAUAACAUUGUGGUAUUUGCCGGCGACCAUUGUGGUCCCGAGUGUUCCAUCGACACCACAGGCACCCCGUUGACUGAUGAAGCUCUUAAUGCAGCCAACUCAGCCGACGCCGUUCUGCUUGGUGCAAUUGGUGGUCCUAAAUGGGGCACCGGUGCCGUUCGACCGGAGCAAGGCCUACUGAAGCUACGCAAGGAAAUGGGAACAUACGGAAACUUACGACCUUGCUUCUUCGCCUCUGAGGCUCUCGUCGAUUCGUCACCCCUCAAGGCUGAAAUAUGCCGAGGAACCGAUUUCGUUAUUGUCCGUGAGUUGACCGGUGGUAUCUAUUUUGGUGAUCGUAAAGAAGAUGAUGGAUCAGGCACUGCGUGGGAUUCGGAACCCUACUCACGUCCAGAAAUUGAGCGUGUGGCGCGUCUGGCCGGGUUCCUCGCCCGUGGCCGCGGAGACAAGACGGUCUGGUCUCUUGACAAGGCCAACGUACUGGCCACCAGCCGCCUGUGGCGGAAGGUCAUGACUGAAACCUUUGAGAGGGAGUUUCCCGAUCUCAAGGUUGAGCAUCAGCUGAUUGACAGUGCCGCUAUGAUUCUUAUCAAGAACCCCCGGGGCUUAAACGGGGUUGUUGUCACCAGCAAUCUCUUUGGUGAUAUCAUUAGUGACGAGGCUAGUGUCAUUCCCGGCAGCAUUGGACUUUUGCCCAGCGCAAGCUUGAGUGGUAUUCCAGACGGCAAGGGUAAAUGCAAUGGCAUCUACGAGCCUAUUCACGGUUCCGCCCCCGAUAUCUCUGGCAAAGGCAUUGUAAACCCUCUUGGUACCAUAUUGUCGGUUGCCAUGAUGCUGAGAUACUCGUUAAACUUACCCGAGGAAGCCAAGGCUGUCGAGACUGCUGUCAAGGCUGCCAUCGACGGAGGACUCAGGACGAAAGACAUGGGCGGUAACGCCGGCACCAAGGAAGUCGGUGAUGAGGUGGCUAAGCAACUAGCGGCCAUAUUGACCAGGCCGUAG